AAACACUUGUUCAAUCACAAAGGGUCGGUAAGCCCAAGAUACGGAAGGGGCCCAUAGUCGGAGAAGCCCAAAACCCAUCGUAAAACCUUCUUCUCCCUCAAGAAACCGCUGCUACCUACAAGUCGCCACGCCAUUUAGCUCCCAGUCCAGCUUUGAUUCCCUAAGAAGCAUUAAACCUAAGUUCUCGCUCGCUCGCUUUCUCUUGCUUAACCAUGGGGGAUAGUCAGUACUCAUUUUCUCUCACCACUUUCAGUCCUUCUGGGAAGCUGGUACAGAUCGAACACGCAUUGACAGCAGUUGGAUCAGGCCAAACAUCUUUAGGGAUCAAAGCUGCUAAUGGUGUGGUGAUUGCAACUGAAAAGAAACUACCUUCAAUCUUGGUUGAUGAAGCAUCUGUUCAAAAGAUACAGUCUUUAACACCAAACAUUGGGGUUGUUUACAGUGGGAUGGGUCCUGAUUCUCGAGUUUUGGUUCGAAAAAGUAGGAAGCAAGCAGAACAAUAUCACAGAUUAUACAAGGAAUUAAUCCCUGUGACUCAACUUGUGAGGGAAACUGCAGCUGUUAUGCAGGAGUUCACUCAGUCUGGUGGUGUAAGGCCUUUUGGGGUAUCUCUGCUAGUUGCUGGGUUUGAUGACAAUGGUCCACAAUUGUAUCAGGUGGACCCCUCAGGUUCGUAUUUUUCAUGGAAGGCCUCAGCAAUGGGAAAAAAUGUAUCAAAUGCCAAGACAUUUCUCGAGAAGAGGUACACGAAUGAUAUGGAGCUCGAUGAUGCUGUUCACACAGCUAUUCUGACACUGAAGGAGGGAUUCGAAGGACAAAUCUCAGGCAAGAACAUUGAGAUUGGGAUAAUUAGUACCGACAGAAAAUUCAGGGUGUUGACUCCUGCUGAGAUUGAUGAUUAUCUGGCCGAAGUGGAGUAGCUUGGUUGGUCACUGUUACUUGGGAAAAUAUAUCUAUUUUUCCAAUUUAUAUGUUGCAUUACCUUCCAUUACUGUGAUCUCCUCCUGUUCUAGCAAGGUUUGGUUUAUUUGAUGUACAUCAGUAUUUUGCAAAUUUAUCAAUUUGAAAUUACUAAAUCCUUAAUGGUUGGAAAUGCAAAUGUGAGGUUUUAGACUUUGUUCC